GUCUUUCUCCACACUAGCUCACAUUUCUCCCCCGUUUAGGUUCUGACAGGAGCAGGCAACAGCUCUACUGCCGUCGUUCCUCCCUCCUGUCUGUUGUCUGCACACACAGAGGCAGCCAUGAAUUACAGGACAGUAGUAAUGUACAUGGAGAUUGGCUGCUUUGUGGUCUGUGUGAGUGGAUGGAUCCUGGUCUGCUCUACAAUGCCCACUGAGAUAUGGACCUGGUCUGAGGUGGAAAGCAUCGUUCUGACCAGUUCAAACUACUUCUCCAACCUCUGGAAGGAUUGCGUUUCUGAUUCAACUGGAGUAUCCGAUUGCAAGGGUAUCCCAUCGAUGUUCGGACUCAACUGGGAUAUCCAUAUGUGCCGGGCUCUGAUCAUCAUCUCUAUUAUUUUGGGAUUCUUCGGGGCCAUUCUGGUCCUAGUCGGAAUGAAGUGCACUAAGAUAGGAGGAUCUGAGGUUGCAAACGCAAGAGUGACUUUUGCUGGAGGGAUGAACUAUCUUGUGUCUGGGUUGUGUUCCAUGAUUGCAUUCUCUUAUUAUGGAAACAAAAUAAGAGCGGAAUUUCAGGAUCCCAAUUUCAGGGCACAAAAAUUUGAAAUUGGAGUAGCUGUGUACAUUGGCUGGGGAGGCUCCACCCUACUGGUCAUUGGAGGCCUCAUUUGCAGUGUAUUUGCUGGGAAGGAAGCAUGUCAAUCAAGCUCAAAGAAUAAACACAUGCCUGUCUACAAGCUCCCUGACGCCGACGUGGCACCUCCUGCUAAAGAGACGUACAGACCGGUGUCAACAGCACUCACAGAGGGGGGAGAGAGCAGGGAGUCCAAGACCAGCAGAGUCAGCAGUGAGACUAGGAGAAGUGGGAGCAGUAGCAAGACACUCUCCAGUUUGAACGCGUAUGUGUGACCUGCUCAAGUAGCCUACAGUUUGACAUAAUAAGCUAUUCUGUAUUCUCUCCAUAUUGCUGUGUAAAGCCUUAAACUGUAAGGGACUGUGAAUUAAUGGUUAGUGAAGUUGCAAUUUAAUAAUAGCUCCAUAGCUCAUAAGUUUGACAAUUGUGUACUUACAUUUUUUUAUCCAUUGUUUGCUUUGUAUUGUCCUGCAUUUUAUUUGUGAAUAAAAGAUCACAAACAAA